AUGUCGAGUUCUGCCUCUGGUGACUCGGGCGGUGGCCGUUCGAUGGAGUCACGAGUGGGUAGAAGCAAGCAACGUUACAACACUAAGGGUGAACGUCUCGUCGCUGGCAUCGUACCUCUCACUCCCGAUCAAAAUUAUGUACUGUUGAUUCAGUCCACCCGGCGCAAAGGCUGGGUACUGCCCAAGGGCGGCUGGGAGUCUGACGAGACUUGCCAGGAAGCCGCUGAGCGAGAGGCCUGGGAAGAAGCUGGCAUCACUGUUCAAAUCACUUACGAUCUUGGUGACAUUGAUGAGAAGCGUGCGCCCAAAUCGUCAAAAGAUCGGUCAAGAUACCACUUCUUCGAGGGCACAGUAACCAGCGAGUACGACGAUUGGCCCGAAUCUCACAAGCGAGAACGCCAGUGGUUCACAUUUACCCAGGCGUGGGAGGCGUUGUCAACAAGACCAGAGCUACAGGAGGCCUUACAACGGUCUACUGUAAAUCGUCAAUAG